GAUGUCAUUGACAUCACUAAAGAAAAGUUAAUAUGGCCGCAUGUUAAUGUCCAAAUUUCCCAGAGUUGUUACAAUCCGCAAUAACAUACAUUUCAAUCGAUAGCUUAUAUAGAAAAUAUUACAUGCAAAAUGCCUGUACCAGGAGGUGUAUAUCAACAACAGGGUCCCUCAUGCUUUGAUAAGAUGAAAAUGGGUUUCUUCUUAGGUUUUUGUGUGGGAAUGGCCAGUGGUGCCUUGUUUGGUGGUUUUUCAGCACUCAGGACUGGGUUGAGAGGAAGGGAGUUAGUAAAUACAGUUGGUAAAGUAAUGGUUCAAGGAGGUGGUUCGUUUGGCACCUUCUUGGCAAUUGGAUCUGGGUUGAGAUGUUAGUGUGAAAUAUGAAAUCAUAUGGGAUUUUGUUGAAAAGCAAUUGUUACUAAUUAGCAUGAUGUACUGAUAACUAAUAUUUAGUAUUAAAAAAAGCGAAACGGAUGUAAUGUGAUUUUUACGCUAAUAUUACACUGUAGAUAUUUUUAAUUUUUCUUAUUUAAAUAAAAUUAAAUGAUUUAAA